CAUCACAGCCAGGGUGCUUUCGCUUCCUUUGAACACCCUUAAUCUGGGAGUAGCAUCAGUCACGAUGUCAUCCUUGGCUCCAGCCAAAGGGCCUUGAUAAUCUGAAAGUUCAAGGGAACUUUCAAGGGAACAAAGGGAAUUAACUCCACGUGUUCCAUGGCCAGCAGCUUCCAAGCACAGGCACAGAUAGCUCUUAAGUCCGGGAAUUGUCCACUGCCUUGUAUUCUGUGGGGUAGAAAUAAGAAGGACUUGCAGUGAAGGUGGGUCCAUGGCCUAUUCUGGACAGGCCACACUCUCCUUGAAGGACAAGAUAAUCUGUGAACUUUCCCCAGUCCUCGAUGAACCUGUGAUCCCUUUGGUCGAAGGUCUUUGAGGUCCCUUCUGCCUUGAGAAUUCAGCGUUCCAGGUUGGUGCACAGGCAGCGAGUGCGGAGAGGGAUGUGUCCCCGAUGGAGAUGUCAUCAUUUCUGACAUGGCCGGGAGGAGGUGCGCUUGCAUGGCGCUGUGUCCUUGGCCAGGGGAGGCCCUGGCAGGGUUAUAAGGCCCCUCGCUCUCUUCCUCCUCGGGGGAGAGCACUUGGAGAGGAACCAGAAGACCAGGAGGUUGCUAGGGUGCUGCGAAGGCAGGGGAGGGGAGAUGGGAGCCUGCGGUCAGAUGAGCCCCCGGUCUGCUCCUUCUCGCGUCCUGCGCUCCUUCUGCUCAGGGCAGCCACGCCAUUCUGUGGCGCCGGCCGUGGCCCCAAAGCCACCAAUCUCCAGGGCGCUUCCCUUUGAGGCCAUCCCCCGCAGCAGCCCCAACGCCUGGGUCAACCUGUACCAGUUUUGGAGGACCAACAGCUUCCCAAACUUCCACCACAUCAUGCAGAAGAACUUCCAGAACCUGGGGCCCAUCUACAGGGAGACGCUGGGCACCUACGACUCCGUCCACCUGCUCUUGCCCCGCGACGCUGCCGUUCUGUUCCAGACCGAGGGGAUCUUCCCACGCCGAAUGGGCAUCAAUUCGUGGAUCGCCCAUCGCACGCUGCGGAACCACAAAUGCGGAGUCUUCCUCUUAAACGGGGAGGACUGGCGCUCAGACCGGCUCAUCCUCAACAAAGAGGUGAUCAGCCCCGUGGGCACCCGGAAGUUCCUGCCCUUCCUCAACACGGUGGCCGAGGACUUUGCUGAGUCCAUACAUCGGCUGAUCAGGAAGAAUGCACGGCGCUCGCUCACGGUUGACCUCUACCACGACCUCUUCCGCUUCACCCUGGAAGCCAGCAGCUACGCCUUGUAUGGGCAGCGCCUGGGCCUCCUGGACGAGAAUCCCAAUCCGGAGUCCCAGCACUUCAUCGACACCGUGGAGACGAUGCUGCGCACCACGUUGCCCCUCCUCUUCCUGCCGCCCGGGGUCAUGCGCUGGGUGAACAACAAGCUCUGGCGAGAUCACAUGGAGGCCUGGGACGCCAUCUUUAAGCACGCGGACAAGUGCAUACAGAAUAUCUACCAGGAGUUUUGCCUGGGGCAGCCCCGCAAGUAUUCCGGGAUCAUGGCCGAGUUGCUUCUGCAAGAGGAGAUGCCCCUCGACUCCAUCAAGGCCAACAUGACGGAGCUCACGGCAGGCAGCGUGGACACGACAGCCAUGCCCCUGCUCUUCACCCUCUUUGAGCUGGCCCGAAACCCACAAGUCCAGACUGCCCUUCGGGAAGAGGUCAAGGCUGCUGCGGUCUCAACCAGGGAGCUCUCCAAGGUGAUGAAUGACAUGCCGUUGCUCAAGGGAGCAAUCAAGGAGACGCUGAGGCUCUACCCUGUGGGGAUUACAGUGCAGCGCUACCCGAUGAGGGACGUGGUGCUUCAGAACUACUGUGUGCCAGCUGGGACCUUGUGCCAGGUGGGGCUCUAUGCCAUGGGCCGGAGCCCGGAGGUCUUCAGGGACCCGGAGCGCUACGACCCCAGCCGCUGGACUGGCAAAGAGGACAACAGCUUCAAGGCGCUGGCCUUUGGCUUCGGGUCACGGCAGUGCAUCGGGCGGCGCUUGGCCGAGGCAGAAAUGACCCUCUUCCUCAUGCAUAUUCUGCGCAACUUCAAGAUCGAUACCGUCUCCAAGGCAGACCUCAAGACUGUCUAUGGCUUCAUCCUCAUGCCAGAGAAGCCCCCUCUGCUCACCUUCCGGCCCAUCGACUAGGGCACCAGCCCCCUCAGCCCCUUUCUCCCCCUCUGGACCAUGGAAGGGGCCCGUCACUUGGGGGCGCAGACAUCCUGACACCCCUUCCUUUCUCUCUGGCCAUCUUGCUGCCUUCCUUCCCUCCCCUUCGGGCUCCAACAGACAUUCUUUCUGGCACCCCCCAUGUGAUUUUAUCCCAACCGUACCCCAAGGCUGGUAGAAAAUUGCAGGCUGCAUUGAAACUCGGGAAGCUGGAGGAAGAAGCCAAUAAGGGGUGACCACUAGCCCAGGCCAAGCCUUGGGAGAGGUUCUGUUCUUGUAACAGCAAAAUACAGUGGAUGCUCAGGUUGCGAAUGUGAUCCAUGCGGGAGGCACGUUCGCAACCCGCAGCACCAUGUCU